AUGACAGAAGCUAAGAACUUCACCUCUGUCAAGGAAUUCAUCUUGCUGGGACUCACCAGCCACAGAAAAACCCAACUUCUUCUCUUUGGGAUCAUUCUCAUCAUCUACUUGCUUACAGUUUUGGGGAACAUAUUGAUCAUCAUAUUGGUGAAGGUUAAUUCAAACCUGCACACACCUAUGUAUUAUUUUCUCUCACAUCUUGCAUGGGUAGAUAUGUGUUACGUAACAACCACCAUGCCUCUCAUGUUGACUCAUCUCCUGACUGGAGAUGGAGCCAUUUCUUUCACAUUCUGCAUGGUCCAGAUAUACAUUGCAGUGACCUUAGGUGGUGUUGAGAUUCUCCUGUUGGGAGUCAUGGCCUAUGAUCGCUACCUGGCUAUCUGCUGUCCCUUACUUUACCCUGUUCUCAUGGACAAGUAUUGCCAGUUGCAGUGCAGUUCAGCAUGCUGGGUAACACCUUCUCUGGUCUGUUUGAUUUAUAUUGUCUGCCUUCUUUGCCAAAACUAUUGUGGCCCCAAUCAGAUCAAUAGCUUCAUAUGUGAGAUGCCAGUGGUGCUGAAACUUGCAUGUAGUGAUACCAGAAUUGCUGAGGCCAUUAUUUUUGUUAUAGGUGGACUUUUCCUUUUGGUUCCCCUUUCUAUUUUAUUGACCUCCUAUGGAUUUAUUCUUCAUUCUGUCUUACAAAUGAAAUCAGGAGGAUGGCGCAAGGCUUUCUCUACAUGUGGCUCACACCUUAUUGUGAUCUCCAUGUUCUAUGGCCCUUUGCUUUGGGUGUACAUAAUUCCGAAGACUGACUCAGCUGCUGAUCGUGAUAAACAAAUAACAAUCUUCUAUGUUUUGAUCACCCCUCUACUCAACUCUGUCAUUUACACCCUGAGAAACAAGGACUUUCAUAGGGCAGUGGCCAAGAUCUUGUGA